AUGGAACUACUGGCCACUCUUCUCUAUUUGUUCUUGUUGACGUUUCCGAAGAAGCUCUUGGCCAUUGCCUCGUUGAACUUGUGGAGGUGUCCUGAAUUCUGCGAGGGUCUCACUCGCGAUGCGGCUCUAUGCCUCGAGCAGGGGUCCAGGUGGGUACCAACCAUUAGUCAGAACUUUGACAACAUCUGGUAUGGAAUGCUCACGCUGUUCGAGAUCUCAACGACAGAGGGCUGGGUCGAUGUGAUGUACUCUGCAGCAGAUUCCACGCAGCCUUAUGUGCAACCGAAGCGUGACAACAAUGAGACGUUGUGGGUGCCCUUCUUCAUGCUCUAUAUGUUCUUUAGCAACAUGUUCAUUGUAAAUUUGAGCGUGGGAGUCAUCGUGGACAAGUUCAUGGAGAUGAAGCCGACCAGCAACAAUGUGACCCGACCAUUUUGA